UGCAGGUUAAAAUUCGACACGAAACGACCUGUAUAAAAGGACCUAGUACUCACCGAGUCACAUAAAGAUAGGCAAUCUACUCACAGUCGACAUGAAACCUAUGCUAAUCGUUCUUUUUCUGACUGUGGUAGGAUAUGUGAAUUGUAACCAGAAAUGCCAAGGGUCACCCAGGAUGUACAAUGGUAAGCGAUGUGCCUCCACAACUCGCUAUUCUGACUACCACAAGGGGGCGUGUGGGUGUGGCCCUGCUUCGGGAGACAGCCAGUUUGGAUGGAAUCACGACCACUUUGUGACGGCACCCAAUCAGAUGUUCUUUGACGAGGGUUAUGGGGGUUGGUGUGGACAGAGAUGCGGAAAAUGUGUCAAACUAACCACAACAGGUGGCUGGGUACCAGGACAGGGGGGGCCAGGCCCUACAGGAGAUUCUCGUACUUUCAUGGUAACCAACUUGUGUCCCAACGUUUACCCCAAUCAGAACUGGUGUAACCAGGGGACUGGUCCCUAUGGCAACGGCCACAACGAUUAUGGAUAUGUAGCUCACUUCGAUUUGGAAAAUGGUGCCAGUCAAAUUGCAAAUAUGGGCUGGAACAACCCGGAAGUGACGUGGGAGAUAGUUUCCUGUCAUGGAUCUAACACACCUAAUGAUGGAAUGUACCACCAAUGUCAAUGUAGUCAUCAGGGAAAGCGCGCUCUGAACGAAACUCUGAAUGGUUCUGAAAAUUAACUCAAAUACUGAUCAAGCUAUCAUUAAAACAAUGCACAGUUCCAUUAUA